UUCAGUUUGCUGUAAUCACUCAUCCAGGAGCCUGUUGCACUCAGGGACAUUUGGAUUUCCUUUUUUUUUUAGUCUGGAUGUUGUAGCUUGGUGUUGGGCGUUCCCGGACUUCCUUGUCUGCUUUGCAGCAACUGUUUUUGAGGACGCUGCAUGUCUGAUAUGCAGACAUGGGCACCUCAAUUUGCUCUAGGAUUACCAUAUGCUUGGCCCUCACCUUGGCUCAAGUGAUUGCUGUGACCUGCCAAGAAGACACAAAGAAUGACGCCUGCACAGAAAAUGGGAAAGUCUAUGCCAAUACCGACAUGUGGAACCCAGAACCAUGUCGGCUAUGCGUGUGCGAUAUGGGAACCAUUGUAUGUGAGGAAGUGGUGUGUGAGGACAUUGGUGGUUGCCAGAAAACAGUAAUCCCAGAUGGUGAAUGUUGUCCUGUGUGCCUCACUGUGGCUACAACAUUUACACCCAGCACCGACCCUGCAACAGCUGCGGAUGAAAAGAAAGAUGAAAGCUGCACGGUUGACGGGAAGGUCUACCAUCACAACAAAAUUUGGAAAUCUGCGCCUUGUCAUGUAUGUGUCUGUGACAACGGUGUCACCAUCUGCGACGACAUUCAAUGUGAGGCAUUGACGAACUGCGAGAAGGUCGUCACACCUGAGGGAGAAUGUUGCCCUGUGUGCGACAGCUUUGCCAGCGCCAGCAAGAGGAUUGAUAUCAUGGGCUUCAAGGGACAGAAAGGGGAACCGGGUGAUAUACCGUAUGUUGUGGGAAACCCUGGACUAUCAGGACCAAUGGGCCCUCCAGGAUCUCCGGGAAGAAUGGGACCAAGAGGCUUCAAAGGCAGACGAGGUUUUAUCGGCCCGCCAGGACUUGACGGCGAGCCUGGUGUGCCAGGAAAUCCAGGAGAACCUGGACCCCCCGGGGACUCCUCUCCUCCUGGGGCAAAUUUGGUGUCGCAAAUGUCUUCGGGUUUUAGUGAGAAGUCAGGUUAUGCUCCGAUGGUGACGGCAUCGAGGGGUGAAGCAGGACCACGAGGACUUCCUGGACCAACUGGGCCUCCUGGUGCAACCGGUGGUCAGGGAAUUCCCGGAGAACCCGGAGAUCCAGGACCAAUGGGGGAGCCAGGUCAUCGAGGAGCUGAUGGACCACCAGGGAAACCAGGACCUGAUGGAGAAGCUGGGCCUGAAGGUGCAACAGGAGAACCAGGAUUUCCAGGAUCACCGGGUGCAAGAGGAUUCCCAGGACUUCCAGGUCUUCCAGGACGAAAAGGCCCCAAAGGAAACUCUGGUCUUGCCGGGCCAAAAGGCGAGUCCGGAGCAGUCGGAGGCAAGGGUGUCUCUGGUACUGCUGGUCAAAUGGGCCCUUCAGGACCACUGGGUCCACCAGGUUUGCAAGGAGAAAGAGGCAGAAUUGGACCCACUGGUUCUUUGGGUAAACGUGGUACACCUGGCCAUGUUGGCAAACCUGGACCUCUGGGUCCCAUAGGAAUUCCCGGAAUGCCAGGAUUCCCUGGAAGUCCAGGAAUGAAGGGUGAAGCCGGGCCUACAGGAGUAAGAGGGAGUCGAGGGCAGCAGGGAUCCAGGGGCGAUGCUGGACGUGUUGGACCAUCUGGACCAACUGGACAGCGGGGUGCUGCAGGACCUGAUGGAACCCUGGGUGCCCGUGGUUCCUCUGGUGUAGCAGGUUUACAGGGUCCACCUGGGUUGGUUGGGCCAGCUGGCCCUCCUGGCCCCCAGGGAACCACAGGAGCACAAGGACCAAAAGGCCAACUGGGUGAUGUUGGACUGCCAGGAUUUAAAGGAGAAGCAGGGCAUAAAGGAGAAAGAGGUGACCAUGGUGUUCCAGGGCCAAUUGGUCCUUUGGGAGAGGAUGGAAAGCGUGGACCCCGAGGGGAUGCAGGAUCCAUCGGGCCUCCAGGAUCACAAGGGGAGAUGGGGCCACCAGGAAACAGAGGUUUUCCCGGUGCAGAUGGUUUACCAGGCCAAAAGGGAGCCCUGGGCGAAAGAGGACUACCAGGAUCGCCUGGCAUCAAAGGUUCAUUGGGAGACCCAGGACGUAAUGGAGAGCCAGGUUUAACAGGAGCAAGGGGUCUCUCAGGACCUAUUGGUGCUCAGGGAGCAGAGGGAAGGCAAGGGGCAAUGAGUUUGGCUGGAGAGGAUGGCAAACCUGGCCCAGCUGGUUCUACUGGAACCAGAGGUGCAGCUGGAACCAUGGGUCUGCCAGGCCCAAAGGGCUUCCUAGGUGAUGCUGGAAAAACUGGAGAAGCUGGAAGUCCAGGUGCACCGGGUCAAAGGGGAGCAAAUGGAAAAGAUGGAGAGACCGGUGCUGCCGGUCCACCUGGUCCAGCUGGUCCUGCAGGAAAGAGAGGAGAGCAGGGACCUCAAGGACAAAGUGGUUUCCAGGGUUUGCCUGGACCAUCAGGUCCACCAGGAGAGGGAGGAAAACCGGGUGAUGAGGGUCUUGUGGGUGAGACUGGCCCUGUUGGUGAGACGGGUCCAAGAGGUGAAAGGGGCCCACCAGGAGAAAGAGGAGAAACUGGGCCUAAUGGGCUUCAGGGACCUAAAGGUGGUCCAGGAGCGCCAGGAUCCGAUGGUCCCAAGGGUAACCCAGGUCCUAAGGGUGCUGCUGGAGAGCCAGGUGGACCAGGACUUCAGGGAAUGCCAGGGGAGAGAGGCAUUUCAGGACCAUCAGGACCAAAAGGAGAUCCUGGCUCCAUUGGAGACAAAGGGCUUGAAGGAAAGGCAGGAUCUGAUGGUGCAAGGGGGCUUGCUGGUCCAGUUGGACCUGCUGGUCCCAGUGGACCAAAUGGAGAAAAGGGCGAAACAGGUCCACCAGGACCAACAGGGCGCCGAGGCACCAGAGGAAUCCCCGGUUCCAGCGGUGAGCCUGGUCCAACUGGGGCAGCCGGCUUCCCUGGACCUUCUGGUCAAGAUGGUCAGCCUGGAGUCAAAGGUGAAACAGGAGAACUGGGACCUAAAGGAGAAGCAGGAGCUCCUGGGCCUCAGGGUAUGGCUGGGAAACCAGGUGAACAGGGGCCUGUUGGUGUGACUGGACUGAAAGGAGGCAGAGGAACGCAAGGUCCAGCUGGGUCUCCUGGUUUUCCUGGACUGCCUGGAAAAGUUGGACCCCCAGGUUCAGUUGGUGCCACUGGAGCUGAUGGGCCCAUAGGUACUCCUGGAAAGAAGGGCCCUCCUGGAAUUCCAGGAGAAAGUGGGGCUCCAGGACGUCAGGGUGAGAAUGGACCACCAGGCGCACCAGGAGGCGCUGGAGAGAAAGGAGGCUCAGGAGAGGAUGGUCCUCCGGGUCCUGACGGUCCUCCAGGCCCUGCUGGCACAACAGGACAAAGAGGAGUAGUGGGUCAGCCAGGAGUCCGCGGGGAGAGAGGCUCGGUGGGACUGCCUGGUCCUGCUGGUCCACCCGGAAAACCAGGAGCUACUGGUGCUCAGGGGACCAAAGGUCCUCCGGGUGGGGUUGGUUUACCCGGGGCAACGGGGCCAAGAGGAGAUCCCGGUCCUGAGGGCAUUGCUGGAGCUGAGGGGGCUCCUGGUAAAGAUGGUCUUGUAGGAGAAAGGGGUGAUAGGGGUAACCCAGGCCCAGAGGGUCUGCCUGGUGUGCUGGGAUCUCCAGGUAAUGAGGGUCCAGUGGGAACAACCGGUGGUCCUGGACAAAGAGGCAAAAACGGUGCUAGAGGGUCCCCUGGACCCCAGGGACAACCUGGUGUACGAGGAAAAGUGGGCCCUCAAGGACCACAGGGGGAAAAAGGAGGAGCCGGAGAGCCUGGCGAGAGGGGUCAGAAAGGACACAGAGGGUUUACGGGUCUCCAGGGUCUUCCUGGCAUAACUGGCGCCAUAGGAGACGCAGGAGCUCGAGGGAUCGUUGGACCAGCUGGACAAAGGGGGCCUCCUGGAGUGCUGGGUCCUCCAGGAAAGGAGGGAAAUGUUGGCCAGCCGGGACCAAUGGGGGCUCCAGGCAGCAGAGGAACCGUAGGAGACCUUGGAGCUCAGGGUCCACCCGGAGAACCUGGACCACCUGGUCCUCCAGGUCCCCCUGGACCUCCCACAGCAGCUGUCGAGGAGCUCUUCGCUGUUGAUUAUGAUGGUAACGGCGAUGUUCAGGAAGCAGUAGACCUUGGAGAGUAUGAUGCUGCUGCCGAUCCACCGCCUCCCCCAGAGUUUAACAAAGACGAAGCUAGGCCCAAUAAUAACGUCCUGCAUGCCGAAACAGGCGUCCGAGCCACGCUGAAGACCCUCAGCGGACACCUGCAGGAUCUGCGCAGUCCAGAUGGCAGUAAGAUGAACCCUGCCAAGACCUGCCAGGACAUCAAGCAGUGUUACCCUCAAAAGAAGAGUGGUGAAUACUGGUUGGAUCCAAAUCAAGGAAGCACAAAAGAUGCCUUCAGAGUCUUCUGCAACAUGGAAACUGGUGAAACCUGCAUCUCUGCCAAUCCAGCCAGCAUUCCAAGGAAAGCCUGGUGGACAAAAUCCAGCCCUAGCCCCAACAAACCUAUCUGGUUUGGAGCUGAUAUGAAUGGUGGAACCAAAUUCCUCUAUGGGAACAAGGAGGAGCAGCCCAACGCUGUGGCAGUCCAGAUUAAGCUGCUGCAGCUUUUAUCAAAGGAGUCGCACCAGAACGUCACAUACCACUGCAAGAACAGCAUGGCCUUUAAAGACGAGCAGACCAGCAACCUGAAGAAAGCUCUCGUCCUCAGAGGUGCUAACGGACAAGAACUGAGGGCGCAGGGCAACAGCCGGCUCAGAUACGCCGUCAUUGAGGAUGGCUGCUCAAAACCAAAUGGAAAUUGGGGUAAGACUGUGAUUGAAUACAGAACUCAGACAACCACCAGGCUGCCCAUUGUGGACUUGGCCCCAAUGGAUGUCGGAAAAGCUGAUCAAGAGUUCGGUCUUGACAUUGGGCCAGUGUGCUUCUCAUAAUAUCAUAAAGAUGGACACACUGUCAGUUUGUUUUAGAAAGGUAUGAAAGUUACCUGUUUCAUCGCUGCCAUUCCUUAUUGGUGACAGUAGGACACUCAUGCUAUUUAUUCCAGUUUACAGUAUCUGGAAAGGAAUCUGUACCACAAAGACGUAUAGGUGGAUUGUAAACUUGCGUGAACUAGAGGAGUGGUCUUUAAUAAUUUCCACCUUGUUUUUUAGUAGAUGUACAGCAAGAUGCUUAAAUAGAGAAAGAGUUGAUGUAGAAUGACUGUAGCUCUUAAUUGUUACGGAAUAAAUAAUUAAAUUAUUAACAUCUGUGCAAAAAAGUCAAUGCAACACAUGAUUGUAAAUGGCAAAUGUUUAUUAAUUUUCUGUGAACAAAAUGCAACUUUUUCAACCACUAGAGGGAGACAAAGUAGUUUUCUUUCUGGAAGCAAAGAUUAGUUGGUGAUUUAACUUGAUAUUCAAGGUGAAAAAGUUGAUUAGCUAAGCUGAACACAGUAAAUGUAUUAAGAUUCAUGAUGAUUUUAUUGAAUCACUACAAAUAAAUAACAAACGUCUAAUUUGA